AUGCGCGUCCGAACGCUUGAAAUCCGCUGGCACGAUAGCAAGCCCAUCUCUACCUGCGACUUCCAACCCGUGUCGUUCAAAAAGGCGCGUCCCGCGCACGAGAAGCACUUCGCGACGCAAGCAUACAGACUAGCCACAGGAGGCGAAGACAACCAUGUCAGAUUAUGGAUGGUAUACCCGAACAUACUGCCUCAGUCUAUAGUGGAGAACUCGUCGAGUUCGGCCACAGUCACUCCAACUCCACGCCCACCAAGGGUCGAGUAUCUCGCCACCCUUAAUAGGCACUCUGCCCCUGUCAAUGUCGUGCGGUUUAGCCCGAAUGGGGAGCUGAUUGCCUCAGCCGGUGAUGAUGGCAUGAUCAUCAUUUGGUCACCUACUGCAAACCCUCAUGCAAGCAGCUAUGGCAGCGACCUCACUCCUGAGGAACUUCAAUAUGAGAAAGAACACUGGAAACCGCGCACAACAUUCAGGUGCACAACAAUGCAAGUAUAUGAUCUAGCGUGGAGCCCAACUGGCGAAUAUAUAAUCGCAGGCAGCACAGACAACUGUGCCCGAAUAUUCACCGCCGAAGGUAAUUGCAUUCACGAGCUCGCCGAGCACAACCACUACGUACAGGGCGUAGCGUGGGACCCUCUGGAUGAGUACAUAGCCACUCAGAGCAGUGACCGCUCGAUGCACAUCUACAGCAUCUCGCGGACGGACGAUGGGCUGGAAGUGCACGCGGUCGGCAAAAACACUCGUAUCUCACACAAACAUAGUCGUACGCCGCAUUCACGCACGCGCAGCCGACCCCGGAUGUUCCGACGGGAGUCAACCGCGAGCGAGACGGAGUCGGUGAUCACGACUGCGAGCGAGCAGUUCAUAGAGGAGUCCAUUGCAUCCGGUUCCGGCGUCGGGAAUCAGCUGUUGACGCCGACUACGUCCGUGCCCAGCACGCCGUCGACCACAAUGUUCCCGCCGCCAUCCUUGGAACAUACCCCAUCUCGCCGGUCAUCCUUCAGCGGGUCCAAUGCGGCAAAUUCGCCUGCUACAUCCCAUCAUCGCUAUGGUCGAUCACCCUCGCCCAUGCCUGCACUUCCGGCCAUCCGUCCACAGUCAGUCUCAAGCUGGGCGUCUGUGAAGCUAUAUGGUGACGAGAGUUAUACGAACUUCUUCCGGCGCUUGACAUUUAGCCCCGAUGGAGGGCUACUGCUGACUCCAGCCGGGCAAUUCGAGGACCCUUCGGUUGUUCCAGGGUCUUCAAAAGGCGGAAAGGACGAGCAAACCACCCGAGGGAGGAAGGGACACCCUUCUACCACCCCAAAUGAGACAAACCAAUCAUCGACGUCCUCAGUGUAUAUCUACUCCCGUGCCAACUUUGCGCGACCUCCAAUAGCCCGCCUGCCUGGCCACAAAAAGGCGAGUGUCGCGGUCCGCUUCUCUCUCAUCCUCUACGAGUUGCGCUCUGGCGUGUCCGGCGCUGACCAGCCUGCGGAGCCAAAGACCGUGCUGAUUGAGAAGGGUAAGGAGGAGUCAGUGAGCGUCGACAUUGCCCCUGCUGCCCUUGCAGGAGGCUCAAGCUCCCCGAUGAAAGCUGGCCCGAGUUCGAACGUGACGUCAAACAUCGCCGCGCCGUCGCCGCGAAUUGCCAUACCGUCUGGGCCGCCGGCAUCCACGAUGCCCUCUCCUGCGCUGUCGGCCUCAGACUCACUCAGGCCGCCCACGCCUUUGACAUCUAGAGGCGGAACGCCCGCGAUUACAUCUACACCGACGGGCUCUGUCUUCUCCUUGCCGUAUCGGAUGCUGUAUGCGGUCGCGACGAUGGAUACUAUUACAAUAUAUGAUACUCAGCAAGCUGGCCCGGUGUGCCUUCUCACAAAGCUGCACUAUGACGAGUUUACAGAUAUGACUUGGUCUGCGGAUGGACAGUGCUUGAUGCUUUCCUCCCGCGAUGGCUAUUGCACCAUCGUCGUGUUCGAUGAGAUUCUGCCGACGUACCACACCCAGCAGCAGACAUUGCAGCUUCAGUCCAUCGCACAUCACCAUUCGUUGCCGCUUACCACUACAUCCACGUUGGCCACCCCACUCUCGACACCCUCCAUCCAGCCUGUCGGGUUACCCGCCAUGACUUCUGCGGUGCCCGGCAAGAGGAAAGUGGAAGUGGAGGCCCCGCUGACGCCUGCGCCGAGCGUGGACGAGAGCGUUCUCGGUACGCGUGAGGCAGACGACCCGUCCGCCCUACAAGAGGGACCGGAACCCCCGAAGAAGAAACGACGCGCGGUGUUGACGCGUGUCGGAGACGUUGGGUCAUGA